CUGGUGAAGGCGAAGUACAUGAGGCUGACGAUGGUGAAGCUGAGCAGGGUGAUGGUGUGCGGCCGGUAGAAGAAGUCGAUGGUGAUAUCCUCCACUUGCUGCUCGUUGAUCAUCCGGAAAUGCAUCUUGUAGUUCACAUCAUCUUUGCUCAGGGUCCGGCUUCCCACGCAGGACGCCAUGGCCCGCCUCCCCGUCCUGCGGCGGCGGCGGCGGCCCCGGCCCGUGGAGGCUGGGACCCCGGAGGUGACGCGCCGCAACGGGCUACUUUAAGAAAAAUGGCCCUGUUGGCCCAAUGGAUACCCAGGAGGUUCAAUUCAAUUAAAUUGAAUAGCUUCAUUACUGCAACACAGCUCAGAAAUUGUUUUCUGGGACCUGGAAAAACAUUGUUGCAUGGAAUUUCUGCUCAGUCUCAGAUGUCCUCUGACAAUUGCUUUCUCCAGUGGGGAUUUAAGACUUAUCGGACCUCCUCCGUUUGGAAUAAUAGUUCCCAGUCUACCAUCUCAAUUACGCAACAGAUUAAUUCUGCCCAAAGCACUGCGCUUCCUUCCAUGAAUGAACCAUCACUGAAGAUACAAAAGAUACCCAACUUUGAUUCUGAGCUGUCUCUAGAAGGUAAUUCUGAACUUGGCUCCAUAAGCAUCCUUCAAACAAUAUUCAAGAAACCAGAAAUGAAGAUGAUGAUCCCAGGAGUGGACUUGUCCAAGAUAGAAAAACAUCCAGAUGCAGCCAACCGCCUUCUGAGAAUGGAUUUUGAAAAAGACAUUAAACAAAUACUCCUGUUUCUUAAAGAUCUGGGUAUAGAGGAUAACCAACUGGGACCAUUCCUUACUAAAAAUUAUGCCAUUUUCUCUGAAGACCUAGAAAAUCUUAAGACCAGAGUGGCUUAUCUACAGUCAAAAAACUUCAGUAAGGCAGAUAUUACACAGAUGGUCAAAAACGCACCAUUUUUGCUGAAUUUUUCAGUGGAAAGACUGGAUAACAGAUUGGGAUUUUUUCAGAAAGAACUUGAACUUAGUGUGAAGAAGACUAGGGAUCUGGUAGUUCGUCUCCCAAGGCUACUAACUGGAAGUCUGGAGCCCGUGAAGGAAAAUAUGAAGGUAGGAUGACUUUAAGCUUUUGAG